AUGGCAGCUGAUAUUUGUGCAGAUCAUCCAAAUGCUUUUUGGGACAGGAAAAAGCAUAUUGUGACUUUGCCCUAUGAAGAUUCUUUUUCUGAAUCAGAUACUCCUACAAAAUCUCGCCCCUAUCAAAUGAAUGCAGAAUUAGUUGUUUUCUGUAAAAAGGAAAUUGAUAGUUUAUUACAAAAGGGACUUAUAAAACCCUCUAAAUCUCCAUGGUCUUGUACUGCCUUUUAUGUUAACAACGCUGCAGAACAAGAAAGAGGUGUUCCCAAAAUGGGAGGAAAUGACCCUCCUCCUUGGUCACAAGCACGUGGCAGAGGGGGUGAAAAUCGAGGAAGAGGAAGAUCAACCUCUCAGUCUUCUCAAAGGUCGUCAUACGACUCAUCAUUUCACAUAAUACUGGGAAACAAGAGACUGGAUAAUUCAAAAAUUGAAGAGGCAUCAUCAUUCUCUUCAACUAUCAAUUUAAAGGAUAUUCCAACAGAUAGUCCAUUAUAUGAGCAAUUACAAGCAUAUCUACAAACAAAAGAGCAAGGUCAUAUGUAUGCUUCUUUAGCAAAAGAGGGAGAUAUUCAAAAAUGCUCUGAAAAAGCAACUGCCAAAGAAAUUAUAUUUCUUUCGGAAAACUCUGAUAUUCAGAGAAGCAACGAACUUUGGAAGUUAUUCCAAUCAAAAUGA